AUGCCGAAGAAGAAGACCGGGCAACGAAAAAAGGCAGAGAAGCAGAAGGAAAGACAGAAGGCAAUUAACGCCGCUCAGUAUGAACGGGGACUUGAUCAGCGUCCUUGCAAUCAGUUAAUGGAAUGUGACCAUUGCAAACGAACUCAGAAAAACAGAGCUUUCUGUUAUUUUUGCAAUAAUCUACAACGACUGCCGGCCUGUGCCCAGUGUGGAAAAACAAAAUGUAUGUCUAAGGGAGGUGACUGCGCUGUAAAACAUUCUGGUCAAUAUGUUACUGGACUUGGAUUGGUGGGUGCAAUCUGUGAUUUUUGCGAGGCUUGGGUGUGUCACAGUAAACGAUGCCUGCAGACACAUGCGUGCACUUGUCCGUUGGCUGACGCUAUAUGCCAUGAAUGCAAACGAGGGGUUUGGGAUCAUGGUGGUAGACUGUUCACCUGCAGCUUUUGCUCCAAGUUUUUGUGUGAAGAUGAUCAGUUUGAACAUCAAGCCAGCUGCCAAGUACUGGAGUCUGAAAACUAUAAAUGUCUUUCAUGCAACAAGUUGGGUCAGUAUUCUUGUUUGCGAUGCAAGCAAUGCUACUGUGAUGAUCAUGUCAGGCGUAAGGGAUUCAAGUACGUCAAAGGGCAGGCCAUCCCAUGUCCAAAGUGCGGCAGUGAUACCCAGGAAGUGAAGGAGUUGAGCAUGUCAA